AUGAUUAUUGGCCCCAAUGGUAGCGGUAAAUCAACCUUGGUUGCAGCUAUAUGUAUUGGGCUUGCUGGGAAGAUUGAUUUAAUCAAACGGAAGAACUUGAAAUCUAUGAUUAAAACAGGGCACGAUAGAGCCGUUGUCGAGAUCACGAUGGAAAAUUUUCCUGGUAAACCACCCCUUGUGAUAAAGAGAGACUUUUCCGCAAAGGACUCGGUGUGGACUAUUAAUAAUAAAAGGAGCACCGAAAGCGCAGUUCGAGAAUUGAGGCGCAAGUUCAAUAUACAAUUAGAUAAUCUUUGUCACUUUUUGCCGCAAGAAAGAGUUGCAGAAUUUGCUGGGUUGUCUCCUGAAAAGUUAUUGUUGGAAACUGAAAGGACUUUGAAGGAUGGUCACUUACUCACAUUGCACGAAGAUUUGAUUGAAAAAGAUACCCGAAGUCAAGACUAUCAGAUCGAAAUUGAAAAACUAAGGAAAAGGUUAGAUCAUUUGUGCUCCCAGAGAUCCAAAUUGGAAGAAGAGGUACAAAAGUUGCAAGAAUAUGACAGAAAAGCUAAGGAAAUUGAAACUCAUAGGACUUUGUUGCCUUAUGCAAGAUACAAUGACUUAAGGAAUAAGCGUGCAGAAUUGAAAGAUCAAUAUGAUCAGGCUAAGGACAGAUACACAUCUUUUGAUAAGAACUUUGAUCCACUAAGGAAGAACGUAUCAUAUCUCGAACGUGAUAUCGAAUCACAAAGAAGGAAACUUCAGGAUGCAACAAAAGACAGAGACAGCGUGUUGAAGAAAAUCGAUGAGUACAAACGCAAGCUAAUGAAAGCACAGGAUGGAAUCUCUGAUCUGCUUGCCUCUUUGAAAUCUUAUAGUGCUAAAUCUGAGCUGAAGAAACGUGAAUUAGAGGAAGUGAGAAGAGAAUUGAUAAAUUUAAAUGAUCAACUUGAGACUAUGGAAAGGGUCGAUAAAGAUCAAUUGCAAGUUCUCAAUAUCAAGUAUGCCGAUACAAGAGCCAAACUACGUGAAACGGAGGAGAAACUCCGAGAUGAAAACAAUCAGACAAGUGAUUUGCGAUCAGACUUGAAUAAUUUGACACGAAACAUGCAACGUGAGGAAUCAAAAUUGCAAGGAAAUGAUAAAUUAGAGUUGUUAUUGUCGGCGGCUCAAGGGAAAAGCUACCGACUUCGGGAUGAAUCUUUUAAAGCACAUCGCAAGCUCCGUAAUGCAACCGAUCUUGAUUUGGUUUACUUUGAGGCUCCAAUAAUUUCAUGUAAUGUUACUGAUAAAUCAAUUGCACCAGCCAUGGAAAAAAUUAUAGAUAAUAAUACCUUGUUUGCAUUUACAACAAAAAAUCGGGAAGGGUAUGAUAAGCUAAGCAAGUUUUCCAAAGAAACGAGAUUGAAUAUUCCACUCAGAAUGGUUGAAAAUAACGAAUUGCCUAGACCACGUUAUACAAAACAAGAGCUUAGAUCGUUUGGAUUUGACGGUUACUUGUCAGAUUUUCUAACUGGUCCAAAGGAAGUACUCAGUAUGCUUUACAACACUUCAAAGAUCCACACUAUACCAGUUACAAAAGAUCAAUUGAGUCCACAGCAAGUUGAUAGGUUGACAAAAUCAUCAGAUGCUCCUUUCAAAAAAUUUGUUGCAGGUGAUACCUUGUUCAACAUUCGUACUUCAAAGUAUGGUUCUAAGCAAGUUUACUACGAAUCUGAAAAAUUUGGAAAGUCCCAGUUUUUUGCCGUGUCAGGCAUUUCGGAGCAAGACAAACAAAGAAUCAAUAGUAAUGUACAGAGGUUCAAUCGAGAAAUUUCAGAAAAGAGAAAAGCUUAUCAGAAUCAUAAAGUACAGAUCGAACAAUACACCUCAGAUAUUCGUACAAUUCGUUAUGAAAUGUCUGAAAUCAAGAAUGAACAGCAGAAAAUUCAACAAAUGAUGACUGCGGUUACAAACUUGGAGGCUAAAAUUAGUUCAAAGAAGGAAAAGGAGCACAAGUUGGAGGAAGAUUCAAACAAAGAUUACUCGCGUAAGAUUAACCACUAUGAGCACAAGGUUGCUGAACAAUAUAGAGAGUUGGCUCAAACGUCAAUGGAAAUGAGUCAACAACACACAACGCUUUCUGAUGUUCAGAUAAAGUGUAAGUUCGAGGAACUCAAGUUGACAAUUUUGCGUAACAAAUUGGCAUCUGCUAUUAGCUUGAUUGAAUCACUUGAACUGAUAAAAGAGGAGUUAGCAAAUGACGUUAAAAGAUACAAGAAACAGUAUGAUGAAAUAAAAACCUCCCCCGAAUACAAAGAGUAUAAGGAGAAGCAUGACUCACUAACUGAACAAGAGAGAUUGCAGAUUUCCGAAUUCGCAAAACCAUAUCUUGAGAGUGACACUUUCUCCGAGCACACCAUAAAAACCAAGAUUCAGCACUUGGAAGAUGAAUUGUCAGUUAUGUCUGUUGGUGAUCAAGGGUCCGUUACAUCUUUACGUCAAAUUGUUCAAGAAAUUGAACUUGCAGAAACCGAUUUGCCUAAACAUGAAUCUGAUAAACGUGAUUUAGAUGAACGUAUCAAGACUAUUUCAGCUGAAUGGGGUCGUGAUUUGACAAAGUUUGUCAACAAGAUUUCAUUGGCAUUUAGUAAACGAUUUUCAAAAGUUGCUAGUGAAGGAAGAGUUGAAUUGUCAAAAGCUGAUCGAUUUAAGGAUUGGAAAUUGCAAAUUUUGGUUAAAUUUAGACAAGAAUCGGAAUUGAAAGUGUUGGACAAUCAAUCGCAAUCUGGUGGUGAACGUGCUGUUUCUACUAUAUUCUACAUCAUGUCAUUACAAGGAUUAACUGAUGCUCCAUUCAGGAUAGUUGAUGAAAUUAAUCAAGGUAUGGAUCCUAAAAAUGAACAAAUGGCACAUAGAUAUCUUGUUCACACCGCGUGUCAGAACAACAAGUCUCAAUAUUUCUUGGUUACUCCGAAAUUAUUGACGGGAUUGUAUUACCACCCAGAUAUGGUUGUUCAUUGUAUCUUUACUGGUCCAAUGAUUGAAGAGAAUAAUGAUCAACGUGAGACUAGCUUUUUGGAUUACGUUAAUAGACUAGUUCCUGUUUAA